ACCAAGCUGGUAUGGACAUGAGUCGGUAGUAGGGGUAGAUGGUAGACGUUUGCCACUCGACUGGAUUCACGUUCAUGUCUAGCCAUCGGGCCUGUGUUGUUCAAUGUUUAUUGCUGUCGUUUAGCUUAAUGUCAUUUUAAUCAAAUAACUUCUAUAAAAUUCAUGACUUAAAGUUACAGUGAAUAAUAGUUUUACGUUCUUUGAAUGAAAAAAAGUUGUAUUUGAGACAAGUCGUUGACCUGAAUGUGAACAUUGAAUCUGCUUUGUCGUGUCAAGAACCUGGUGCAUUCUGCGGCUUAGUUGCCAGCCAGCUCGCGUGUGUUGUGCCGACCUUUUCUCAAGUAUCCUUCAUGUGCUAGGAAGCCAGCUAUUCGUUGCACUAUCAACAAAGUUAAAAUUUUAUAAUAGGCUAUAUAAGGCGGGAAUUUUUAAACAGUAAUUUUCCGAUUGACAGAACCGUACGCAUGAUCAAGUUGAUCAACUCUUCGUUUUAAUGAGUCAAUGUAACGGACGCUAUGGUACUCAGUUAGUGUUAAUUGGUUUAGUAACAUGACUCGAAAUACAAUAUUUAUUUUCACAAAUAACUAUGAGUGGCCAAAGGUUAUCAACCUAUUUGGAUUGAUAAAAUGCGCUCUCGGAUAGGAUACGAAGUUCUUUUCAAAUGUGCCGUGUGGAUUGUGAUCUAGUGUCUAUAAAAUUAUACUACACAACAGUAAUCCAUUGUGAUUUGUUAUGUUUCAAUUAAAAAUUCUGGCUUCCACAGUUCACCUGGAGAACCAGUCAUCACUACCGACUUCAUAAUACAGACGGAAUACUUCCGAAUCCAAACAUUGCCAUGGAAUUGCAGUGUCAUAGCACCGCAGUUUCAGCAGCUUUCCUUUGCAGCAUGUUGGCAUUCGCACUUUCCCAUGCUUUGGCACGCGGAUUAGAGCAACCACUCUAUGACACGGCCUAUGCGUGUGAGGGUAAGACGCUGAAGAUUGAGUGCAAGGCUGGCGAGCUGAUUCACCUGAUCAGGGCGAAUUACGGCCGCUUCUCAAUCACCAUCUGCAAUGACCAUGGCAAUACGGAUUGGAGUGUCAACUGCAUGUCACCUAAGUCUCUGAGGGUGUUGCACUCAAAGUGCACACAGAAUCAGAACUGCAGUAUUCCUGCUAGUACCAGCCUAUUCUCUGAUCCAUGCCCUGGAACUUUGAAGUACUUGGAAGCGCAUUACCAAUGUCUAUCAGCCACUUUGACGACAUCUACGUCGAAACCUAGUCCACCUGUGCUGAUGACAUCGCAGCCAACAUUCUGGAGCACCGCUAAGGCAGCCAGCCUACGUCCUGCGCCUCCCGCCCCCACCCAGUUACCACCCCCGGCCCCCCCGGCACCCCCUGCAUCCGCCCCCGUCGACCAACUGCCCCCCGAGACAUCCACGCCGCCUCUCACCACUACUCACCUGCCGCCUCCACCGCCUCCGACUUCCACCACGCAAGCAGCUACCCAAUCGUCUCGAUCACCAUCAAUGGAUAUUUCUGGAUUUGGUUUGAACUGGCCAGAGAACACAUUUGUUGGCGGAGCCGAGUAUUGUGGACAGACCUCCGCUCGAGGCCUUUACUGGAAUUGGACCCGGGUGGGAGACGUUAGCGUACAACCGUGUCCGGGUGGGGCGACAGGAGUGGCCCGAUGGCGCUGUGUGGGAGGUGAUGACGUGGGGGAACUGCAUCCCGUACGGGUCCCGUCGUCGCCCGACCUGUCCGAGUGUCGAUCUGUCUGGCUAGCGAAUCUCGAGAGUCGAAUCACUACCAACGACGGCUCCAUUACCAGCAUAGCUAGUGAUCUCGCCAAGGUGACAGACAGCAAAACAUUAUACGGAGGCGACAUGAUGACGACGACUAAAAUAAUCAGAAAUAUGUCGGAGAAAAUGUCGAAAGACAUUCAGACAUACCCGGAUCCACGUCAACGGGAAGCCAUUGUGACGGAAUUGCUGUAUAAUGUGGUAUGCACGGCGAGUCACCUGCUCGACGCAUCUCAGCUUCCUUCCUGGCGCGAUCUUACCCACAAGGAGCAGAUGGAAGUGGCAACUUACUUGCUCGUCGGCAUAGAGGACAACUCUUUCCUAUUGGCCGAUACUGUCAUAAGGGAGAAGACUGUUAUACAUGCCGCCAAAAAUAUAUUGCUUAGUGUGCGAGUGGUGGAGAUCAAGAACGUGGGAACGGAGGUGUUUCCGUCUGAAGACUCGAACGAGCAGUGGUUAAAAUCAGACGGCAUGGGCACCUCUGAUUGGCUGAGAUUGGAGAAAGACUCGUUGGCGGAGAAUGGGGAAGGAGGCUUAGUGAGAUUAGUUUUCGUUGUAUUCGAUCGUUUAGAAGAAAUCCUCCAACCUCAGCCUUGGAAUGCCACACGAGUAAUCAAUAGUAAAGUGAUUUCGGCGUCGCUGGGUAAAGGCAGACAUAUUCAGCUGUCUGAACCCGUCACUGUGUGCCUCCGGCACUUGUACACUGACAAUCUCACUAAUCCGACGUGUGUCUUCUGGGACUAUACGACCAGCGCUUGGUCGGAAGACGGCUGCAAAAUUGCCGAAACCAACAAGACUCAUACAAUUUGCAAAUGUGAACAUUUGACGAACUUCGCGAUUCUGAUGGAUGUUCAUGCCACUUAUCUCCCUCCUACCCAUCAAUUGACGCUACAAGUGAUCACCUACAUUGGCUGCAUCAUAUCUGUCAUCUGUUUGACGCUUGCCAUCAUUACAUUCCAGUUAUUUCGUGGUCUGAAGUCUGACAGAACAACGAUCCACAAAAAUCUGUGCAUUUGCCUGUUGAUAGCAGAAGUACUGUUCUUAGCUGGUAUUGGGCAGACGGAGGAGGCUCUCCUUUGUGGCGUCAUCGCUGGACUUCUCCACUUCUUCUUCCUUUGUGCAUUUGCAUGGAUGUUCCUUGAAGGAUUCCAGUUGUAUGUUAUGUUGAUUGAGGUGUUUGAGGCGGAGAAGUCUCGUAUUAGGUGGUAUUACCUGUUCGCGUACGGUCUGCCUUUGGUGAUAGUGGCCGUUUCCUGCUUUAUCGAUCCUUUCAGCUACGGUACUGAUCGUUACUGCUGGCUCCGGGCCGACAACUUCUUCAUAUUCAGCUUUGUAGGACCAGUUAUUGUUGUGAUAAUUGCCAAUCUAGUCUUCUUAAGUCUGGCGAUUUUUAUGAUGUGUCGGCACGCCAAUGCUUCGGUGUCGAUGAAGAGUAAGGAGCAUUCCCGUUUGGCCAGUGCAAGUGGAAAGGAAGAAAAUGCACUCCAGAGCAAAUUGCAAUCGCAUCUGGCUUGGCUCCGAGGUGCAAUCGUGUUGGUGUUCCUGCUGGGAUUGACCUGGACGUUCGGACUGCUCUACCUUAACAAGGAGUCAGUGGUGAUGGCGUACAUCUUCACGGUCCUCAACAGUCUGCAGGGCCUCUUCAUAUUUGUGUUUCAUUGUGUUCAAAACGAAAAGGUUCAAAAAGAAUACAGGAAGAUGGCUAGGAGACAUAGGUGGCUGGGAUGUGCGGACGGGGGAGCGGCCAGCGGAAGUGGCGGAACUAGCGGAGGUGGUACAAGCGGAACUAGCGGAAGUGCGGCCAACCCAGCAGCGGCGGCGGGAACAACUGCCACAACUGGCGUCAAGGACCGUCGACCCAGUCUGUACGCCAGCUCCAACGGAAACCCGCUGACUAUGACUAGUUACUUGGUGCAGAGUCGCAGAGCGGGAGGGUGGAGCUUGCCGCAGAGUGGGGGCGUGUCCACAUUACCCACACGCCACACCCACUCGCACACACACACCCACUCACCCUCCUCACCCACGCACCCCCAUGCCCCCAACAUUCCCAAGUCUGUUACUACGUGGGGUCCACUUCAUAAGCCUUUCAUUUGGAAGAACAUUUCUUUUAAGUCGUACAGCCGCGACUCAGGACACGGAGGCUCUGAGCAGGAGGAGUCGCCGCGUGCGUGCACGAUGACCGGCACGGCGACCGGAUCCCGUCAACGGAUGACACCUUUGCCCGCCACACCGUCGCAGCACUACCGCACCGGCAAGCACCGCGCCGCUUCUCCCUGGAACCACACCUACACCGAGAUCAGGGAGCAGGGCAAGGAUGACCCUGUCUACGAGGAGAUCGAGCGGGAGCGCGAGAGGGAACGCGAACGCGAGCUGAGGAAUGGCAACGAGGUGAGCGAUAUGAGCGACGAAGAUGGCCGGCGUCAGAGUGACAUGUCGCGCCAGUCCUCUCGCAGCUACGGCGAUCACAGGCCGCUGAUUGCGUACUCGCCGCCUCAUGGUCAUCCCCAUCCCCAUCUGCCUCACCCUUCCUCUGAUCACCGCAACUUGCAGGCAGCCCUUGACGCGGCCCUUCGCCACCAAGCGCGUACAGUCGCCGUCCUUGAUCGCGAGACCGUCGUCUGUCAUCUGCAGUCUCCUCCAGACCGUCGCAACCUCUACAACUGCCGCUCUCCCUACAGCGAAUGUUAACUGUAUUCUCCUCCCUCCCCCCCAUAAUUGUGACAUACUACUAUCGGUUCCACCGAUCUUAUGUUGUUUUUAAAUCAAACGUUUUCGUCGUGAAUUUUGAUAUCUGAUAGUUCUAUUGUAAAAUGUAACUAAUAUUAGUUGUAAUGAUAAUAAUUACGGUAUUUAGCUAUAGUGAACAAUAUAUGUAUAAUGGACCUGUGAUGAUGCCAUUGUAGUGAUUAUUACGAUUUAAAUGUCACUACCCUCAAGACUGUGUACGUAUGUAAGUAUGUAUUUAUGUAAUUAUGUAUAACUUGUGAAAUUUACCUGAGACAACAUUUGCACAAAGUUUUGCAAAUAAAAU